AUGCUGCUCACACUCUCACAGUAUCUGUAUCAAGUCAAGGCGGUUACUUUCAACAACCCUACCAUCAGUCGAUACAUCUUCUUUACAUUGCUACGCUUGGGAAGCCUGGAAGAGUCCAAGUAUGCUCUGCGUGCUUACCUUGAUCUGGUCGGAGUGCCUGACUUUGACCAGGACAUCCUGCUCGAUGAUGUCUUUGUGGGCAGUGCCACCGAGGCAUCUGAUGCAACACACGAUCCUCAUGAAAAAGAUUCUGCUACAUCAAUUGCACCACCACUGACCACCACUGCCAAGUCUAUCGCCAUUCUACACCGUUUAACAGAGCUGGAGGAUGAAACCAUUGAUUCAGUCAUUUCCGUUCUUCUCGCAGGUGUUUACUUGUAUGGCCACGAGGAGCAGAAUGGCAAACUUGCAGCACACCUCUCUGAUAUGGGUCUGGAUCUGCUGUUGCAGUCAAAGCACAAGGCGUACUGGACCGAAAUGUACCGUGCUCGCGGCUGUGCUUACAGCUUGCUGGCAUCGCAAUGCGAGGAUCCUAACGACCGCGUUUCUCAUCAUCAAACAGCCUUGACUAGCUUGCAAAAUGCUGCUGAACACAACCGUGCUUGCUGGAAGAGCUUCUACACACUGGGUCUCCAGCAAGCCUACAUGCGAGACACACAUGCUGCUAUUGUGUCCAUCCGUCGUUCAAUCGAGCUCAACCCUCACUACGCUUCUUCAUGGCAUCUUUUGUCCUUGCUGUACUCUUGCAAGAGAACAGAUCGUUUGUCGCUGGCCUCUCAAACAUUGGAAUUGGGUCUUCAGGUAGCCGAAAAGCAACAAUCCAUGUGGUCCCCUGGUGCUAUACCCGUCUACUCUUGGACCAAAGAGGAGGUGAAUGCCAACGAUGUCUUUGAAAGAGCAGAGUCGUUGAUAUCCAUGCGCAUGUCUCAGUUGGCCCUGCUGGAGGCAAAAGAUGGUCCUGAGAGUGUAAUAGAUCAGUACCAAGACUUGUUCAGUCUGUAUGCUCAACUGACGCAGCAAUUAGGCCUCUUGGAAGCGAUGUCGACACCAACCACACCCAUUGACUUUACCAGCAGUGGCAUCAGCACGUCCUCUACUCUCCAACGUCCUCGACGAAAAUCCAGCAUCUCUUUGAUCAGGCGUACAUCGUUGACAUCCAUCGCCAAUAGCAUCACUGGUAAUGGUGGUGGUAGCAGCUCCAGCAUCAAAGCAAGUGGCCGUCCAAGAUCUUCCUCUGUUGAAUCCAAAAGCAGCGUCAAACCGCCAUCGCUUGCCCGUCGUGCAGAGUCUGAUACAGAUGAUAUCUCGGACGACUCAAACGCGUCAAGACAAUCAUCCUACUCGCGUCGUCUCAAAAAGCAGCGCCAACCUACCUUCAAGUCAGUAGCACAACAACAGCAACAAGCAGCCGAGCUCAAGAAGCGUAGUCUGCAGCUCAUUGAUUUGGGCUUGGCUCGACGUAUUGGCACAGCUGCUGCUAAUCCUGCAAAGCACAAUGGCAGCAGUAGAUCCUUCUUUACAAAUGAAUCAAGCCAGGGUGCAGUAUCAUUGGCCUCUAUGCUCACGCCAUCCUACUCAAUGGGAAGUCUUCGAAGCAACAGUGUCAGUAGCAGAUCCUCGUCAGUGCUAGCAGGCCGCAACAAUGUGGUCACCAAAGAUGGACUCAUGGUCAGCACAUUCCAUCAACACCAUCAGGCAUUUGAGUUGCGCAAAAAGACGCGCUGGCACAGUCUACUGGUAACACUGUGGCUCAUGUCUACCAAGACCUUUAUGAAGGCCAAUCUACUGGAGGAAGCCAACAAGGCGCUGGGUGAAGCUGAGCAACUCGGUCUGGGCGAUCCCAAUGUGUGGUGGCAUCUCGGUCAAUUGAGCAUCCAGGUGGGCGACAUGAUCAGCCAGAAGAAGAAAUUAAGCGUGGAAGAUGGCAAGGCGAUUCGUGAAAUGAAGCAGGUUGCCACUGACUCAUUUGAAAAGGCAUUGAUACUUGAUCCUGACCAUGUGCCUAGUCAGGUUGCUAAAGCAGGCAUCUUGACACCUGAUCUGGCCCUGGGACUUUUGGAGCAAAUUACGCUGGGUUUGGGAUGGGACUCCUCUGAAGCGUGGUAUCAGUAUGCUCAAGCAAAGAAGCAGCAAGGUGACUAUGACAGAGUCAAGUCGUGUUUGCUCUAUGCCUUGGAGUUACACGAUACAGAGCCCAUUCGACAUCUAUCAGUACUGCCUAAAUUCAUUAUCUAA